CAAAACUCGCUCUCGUCUGGCAGCAGAUCCUCUUUGCUCUCUCUGCAUUGGACUGGAAACUCGCUGUUUCUUCUUUCUUCUGACUCAUCAGCGAGAAUGCCUUGACUGAGCUCCGGUAAGGAAGGAUCACGGCGAUCGAGAAUAUUGAGAAGAAGAUGUUUAAGUCAGGGAGAUGGAGGAGCGAGAAGAACAAGAUCAUCAAAAUCGUCUUCAAGCUUCAGUUUCAUGCCACUCAGGUGAGUGAGUUGAAGGGAGAAGGAUUAACGAUCUCUCUUGUUCCCGGAGAUGUUGGGAAACCGACGGGAAAGACAGAGAAAGCGAUGGUGCUCGACGGUUACUGCCGUUGGGAGUCUCCGGUUUACGAGACGGUUAAGUUUGUUCAAGAUGUCAAGACAGGGAAAUUUAAUCAGAGAAUCUAUCAUCUUAUUCUUUCAACCACGGGAUCUACAAAGUCUGGUUUGGUGGGAGAGACUUCCAUUGAUUUUUCUGAUUACAUUGAUGCAAUUAAAACUUGCAACGUUUCUUUUCCUCUCCCCAAUUCAAUUUCAAAAGCAUUGUUACACGUAUCAAUACAAAGGCAGCUAGAAAAUGUGGAUCUGCAAAGAGUGGUGAAAGAAAAUGAUAGCUUGGUGAAAAGCUCAAGGAGCAUUGAAAGCCACAAAAGUGAUUCACAGGAGGAAGGACCAUUAGGUAAAUCUUCCCGGAUUGCUGAACUAAGACGUCGAGCAUCCAUCGAAUCAGACAGUACGCUCUCAAGCUUUGACAGUGUCUCCGAAGUGGACACACUGGGAGAACUCGGAAGCAGAGGAGAUCUCAUUCACCAAAACCAACCAACUAUGCAUCAUCACCAUUCGGUUACAAACGUGUAUCAAGAAGAGCCUCAUCUAUCAGAAUCCGAGUGGUCAGGCAGCUCUGAUCAAGGAAUCAGCACCGACGACUCCACGAAUAGUUCUAACGAUACCAUUCCACCUAGAGACACAACACGGACUACUACAUCAGAUAAUGAGGUGGAUAAGCUUAAAGCCGAGCUCGUUGCUUUGGCAAGGCGAGCUGAUUUUUCGGAACUAGAGCUGCAGAGCCUAAGGAAACAAAUCGUUAAAGAGACCAAAAGAAGUCAAGAUCUACUGAGAGAAGUGACUAGCCUGAAGCAGGAAAGAGAUUCACUCAAGGCAAAUUCUGAGAGUAAUAAAGUGAAAAACAAGUUGCAGUGCGAAGGAAAAGACCCGCAAGCUCUUCUAGAAGAGCUUGAUUACGAGAAGGAUCUGAAUCUCAGUCUAAGGAUACAGCUGGAGAAGACGCAAGAGUCAAACACCGAGUUGAUCCUUGCCGUGCAAGAUCUAGAAGCAAUGUUACGUAAAAGAGCAGGUGAAGAGCCAAGGAGAAGGUCGUGCACAAGCGAGACGGAUGAAGAUGAGGAUCAAAAGGCGUUGGACGAGAUCGUGAAGGGACACAUGGAUGCGAAAGAGGCACACGUCCUUGAGCGGAGGAUCACUGACCUUUACAAUGAGAUAGAGAUCCAUAAACGAGACAAAGACGAUUUGGAGAUACAGGUGGAGCAGCUUGCUCUGGACUACGAGAUACUUAAGCAGGAGAACCACGAGAUGUCGUACAGGCUAGAGCAAAGUCAAGUGCAUGAACAGCUGAAGAUGCAGUAUGAGUGUUCGUCUUCUCCUGUAAACGUGAACGAGCUAGAGAGUCAAAUAGAGAGGCUAGAAGAUAAGCUGAAGAAGCAGUCGGAGGAUUUGUCAAAGUCUCUGUGCCGCAUUGAAGAACUUGAAACGCAGAUGGAAGAAGAGGUGGAGAAACAGGCUCAGAUCUUUGAAGCAGAUAUUGAAGCUGUCACACGUGCUAAAGUGGAGCAAGAGAAGAGAGCUAUCGAAGCGGAAGAGGCCUUGAGGAAGUCGAGGUGGAAGAACGCUAGUGUAGCCGGGAAAAUACAGGAUGAGUUCAAGAGAAUCUCCGAGCAGAUGUCUUUUGCUUUGGCAGCAAACGAGAAGAUGACUAAGAAAGCGAUGAGAGAAUCACGUGACCUGCGCGUGCAGAAGCGUCAGCUAGAAGAGCUUCUCAUGAACUCUGAGGAUGAACUCCGAGCGAAUAAAGUAGAGCAUGAAGCAAAGCUCAACGAGAUGGAGAGAAUGUUGGAAGGACUUGUGGAGAAAUCCAGAAAUCUAGAGAGCGAGAAGAGGAAACAAGAAGAUGCCAAUGCAGAUUUAACACAGGAGAUCACAAGGCUUAAGGAUGAGAUUGAGAUCUUGAGAGUUGAGCUAUCAAGCACGAUUGCAGAGAUGAAGAAAGGAUCAGAGUGUUUGGCAGAGGAGUUGCAGCUUAUCAAAGAUGAAAAAGAAGCAGUCGUUACCCUUUUGGAAUCAGAAGUAGAAACUGCAAGAGGGAAAUGUGAUGAUCUAAAGGAAAGAAUAAUAGUGCUCGAGGAACACAUCAGACUAAAGGAAAAUGCUGUAGAAGACUCUUCAAAGAUGUUCAUCGAAAAGGAAAAGGAAUUGAAUAGCCAAAUCGAGAAAUUGGAGACUGAACUCAACAAACUAAGUCUGAAUAGCCUAGAGACUGGUGAAUGUCUGCAUGGUCCAGAAGCAGCUAUUGCUUUGCAAAAUAGAGAAGUACUGUCAUCGACCAAGAGUGAUGAUCUUAAAGACUUGGUAAGUGAAGUAGCAUCGCUAAAAGAGCAAAAUGAAGUGAUGGAAAUGGAGUUGAAGGAGAUGCAAGAGAGGUAUUCAGAUAUAAGUGUAAGAUUUGCAGAAGUUGAAGGUGAGAGACAACGACUUGUCAUGACUGUACGUAAUCUUAAGAAUGCCAAGAGGAGUUAGAAACCCAUAUUCUCACGACCAUAAGAACAUUGUACAAAUUUCUUUCCUUUUCAAUAUAUAAAUUUACUUUUCCUGAUUUUGUUUCAUAUUUAUAUAUAGUAUAAAUUUUGUUGUUUGAGUGAAAGAAAAAUGAGUUUUGAAUUUUGACUUCUUUUUCUUUUGGUGUAUUUAUAUAAUGAUGACGCGUUGUAUAAUAUUUCAAAUGUAUUCAAUCCCAAUCCAAAGGACUAA